CUUGUAAUUUAAUCAUAUGUGAGUUGGUUUGUAACAUGGAUAUUCCGCUAAUAGCGUAAAUAAAAUAAUGUUAGGCUUUAUGCGCGGACAGCCUCUACUGAGUCCAGUUAUUCAUAGAGAGAAGAUGGCGGCAGCACCGGUAAUGAUGCCGUACUUCGGCCAGCAAAUUUCGUCCAAAAGUGACCUGGUGCCGGACUGGACCCGCCAGGAAGUCAGCACCGGGACCACCAUCAUGGCCGUGGAGUAUGACGGAGGAGUGGUGAUCGGGGCCGACUCUCGCACCACUACAGGGUGAGAAAACAAACACUGAACACGUGAUGAGUGCAGGAAACACUCCUUUAACCUCACCUCUCAGGUGAGGCCAAUACUCACCUGUGUCUUUGGCCCCGCCCACAGCAUCGAGCUGGACGAGCCCCCAUUGGUGGAGACGGCAGCCAAUCUGUUCAGAGCGAGCUGCUACCGUUACAGGGAGGAGCUGACAGCUGGGAUCCUGGUGGCAGGCUGGGACAAGAGGAAGGGCGGGCAGGUGUACAGCGUCCCGAUUGGUGGGAUGUUGGUGAGGCAGCCGGUGUCGGUGGGCGGCAGCGGCAGCACCUACAUCUACGGCUUCAUGGACGCCAACUACAAACCCGGGAUGAACAAAGAGCAGUGCAUGGAGAUCACCGCCGCAGCUCUGUCUCUGGCCAUGGAGCGGGACGGCUCCAGCGGGGGCGUGGUCAGGCUGGCCAGCAUCUCGGAGGAGGGGGUGGAGCGACGCGUCAUCCUGGGAAACCAGCUGCCCAAGUUCUCCACACACUGAGCGUGCUCCGUUCCACUCACGUGUCUGUUAUGUUAAUAAAGUUUUCAUUUUGUCUCUUCA